CCCAGACCCACUUCCCACCCCCCUGCCAGGCGCCUGUAGACGCGGCUGUAGCUGCAGCCGCCUCCAGAGCUGACCCGGGCCUGGGGACCGGCCUCCACUGGCGCCCUUCGCUUUCUCCUGCUGCCUUCACUGAGGAUGAGUCCCUGCGCUGCCGUGCGCCCACCCCGCGGAGACCACUGGCGCAUUUUCAUCUAGCGACUGGUCACCCUUGCAAUUAUGGAUAUUUAAAAGGAUCAGACAGUGUGGAGGGGGAGUUCCCCUCCUCACUCCCCCUUGGUGCUUGACUUCAGGAAUAAUUUAUAAACUGUGGAAAGUUUUCUUUUUUAAAGAAAGAACUUGUAUUUGAUAUAAACUUUAUAGAGCUAUUUAUAAUUUUUUGAUUUAAAUGCCAAAAUACAUUGUACAAAUCUAUAUAGUUUUAUACUGUUGCCAGGACGAUUUAAAUUAUAACCCUAAGCAGGCCGUUUAUUCUCUAUCAGUCUUUCUGAAUAGCAGCUUUGUGGCCUGGCUUUUUCAUUUUUUAAAAUUAUCUGACUAUUCUGAAGAAGGAAGCUGCAUAAAAACAAAUAGGAUGAAUUCCUCCAUCCCUGACUGCACAUCAAAGUGUCGCUCCCUGACUCAUGCUUUGGAUGUCCUUUCUGUGGUAACGAAGGGGAGUGAAAACCAGAUUAAGGCCUUUCUCUCCAGUCAUUGUCACAAUGCUGCAACCAUCAGGGAUGCCUUUGGUCGGAAUGCCCUCCACCUUGUUGCCUCCUGUGGGAAAAAAGGAGUGUUAGAUUGGCUUAUUGAGAAAGGAGUGGAUCCCUUGGUGAAAGACAAGGAGUCAGGAUGGACAGCUUUGCAUAGAAGCAUUUUUUAUGGGCAUAUUGAUUGUGUUUGGUCUCUACUGAAGCAUGGUGUUAAUCUGUAUAUUCAAGAUAAAGAAGGCUUGUCAGCUUUGGAUCUUGUAAUGAAGGAUAGACCAACUCAUGUAGUAUUCAAAAAUACUGAUCCUACAGAUGUCUACACUUGGGGAGAUAAUACAAAUUUCACCCUGGGUCAUGGAAGCCAGAAUAGCAAACAUCAUCCAGAGUUGGUGGAUCUGUUCUCCAGGAGUGGGAUUUAUAUCAAGCAGGUGGUGCUUUGUAAAUUUCACUCAGUGUUUCUGUCUCAGAAAGGGCAGGUUUACACCUGUGGUCAUGGUCCUGGAGGACGAUUAGGCCAUGGAGAUGAACAGACAUGCUUGGUCCCUAGGCUUGUGGAAGGACUGAGUGGUCAUAAUUGUUCUCAAGUAGCAGCUGCUAAGGAUCAUACUGUUGUAUUAACUGAAGAUGGAUGUGUUUAUACAUUUGGUCUAAAUAUUUUUCAUCAAUUAGGACUCAUUCCUCCGCCUUCCAGUUGUAAUGUACCCAGACAGAUGCAGGCAAAGUAUCUGAAAGGAAGGACAAUCAUUGGAAUAGCAGCUGGCAGGUUUCAUACCGUGCUGUGGACUAGAGAGGCUGUUUACACUAUGGGACUAAAUGGUGGACAGCUGGGUUAUUUACUAGAUCCCAAUGGAGAAAAGUGUGUAACUGCUCCUCGUCAAGUCUCUGCCCUUCAUCAUAAGGACAUCACUCUGUCUUUGGUUGCUGCUAGUGAUGGGGCUACUGUCUGUGUUACCACAAAGGGAGAUAUUUACUUACUUGCAGACUAUCAGUGCAAGAAGCUGGCUUCUAAACAACUGAACUUGAAAAAGGUUCUUGUAUCUGGGGGGCAUAUGGAAUACAAAGUUGAUCCUGAACAUUUGAAAGAAAAUGGGGGUCAGAAAAUUUGCAUUCUUGCAAUGGAUGGAGCUGGAAGGGUAUUUUGCUGGAGAUCUGUCAACAGUUCUAUGAAGCAGUGUCGAUGGGCUUAUCCACGCCAAGUCUUCAUUUCUGAUAUUGCUUUAAGUAGAAAUGAAAUUCUUUUUGUCACACGAGAUGGAGAGGGAUUUAGAGGGAAAUGGUUUGAAGAAAAAAGAAAGAGUUCUGAAAAGAAAGCAGAGAUUUUAUCAAACCUUCAUAAUUCCUCACCAGAUGUGUCUUGUGUCUCUGAUAUAAAUAGUGUAUAUGAAAGAAUUCGACUUGAGAAACUUACUUUUGCCCAUAGAGCUGUUAGUGUCAGCACAGAUCCAAGUGGAUGCAACUUUGCAGUCUUGCAAUCAGAUCCUAAAACAAGCCUUUAUGAAAUUCCAACUGUGUCCUCCUCAUCCUUUUUUGAGGAGUUUGGCAAGCUGUUAAGGGAAACGGAUGAAAUGGACAACAUCCAUGAUGUGACAUUUCAAGUUGGCAGUAGACUCUUCCCUGCACAUAAAUAUAUUUUGGCAGUGCGUUCUGACUUUUUCCAGAAAUUGUUUCUUUCGGAUGGUACCGCAUUAGACUUCACAGAUGUUUACCGGAAAGAUGAAGAUUCUGCAGGCUGCCAUCUCUUUGUGGUAGAGAAGGUUCAUCCUGACCUGUUUGAAUACCUUUUGCAGUUUAUAUACACAGAUACUUGCGACUUUUUAACUCAUGGCUUCAAACCAAGACUAAAUUUAAACAGAAAACCAGAAGGACAUCCAGGCACUCCAAAUUGUCAUUCGAAUAAAAUGAAUUCCCAUGAAGAUAAUCAGAAGUCAGCAUUUGAAGUUUACAAAAGUAAUCAAGCUCAUACAAUUAGUGAAAAGCAGAAGAGUAAAUCCAAAUCUUCCAAAAAAGUAAAAAGUGUUGGGGAAGAUGAUCCUGUAAAAAUGUUGCAAAAUGUCGCAAAGAAAUUUGGUUUCAGUAAUUUAAGUAGUAGGUUAGAUGGAGUCAGAUAUGAAAAUGAAGAAAUUAGUAUCAUUGCCAAGAAAACUGGUAGUAAACCAAAGCUAAAUCAGAAAAAAUGUUCAUUUUUAUGUGAUGUGACCAUGAAAUCAGUGGAUGGAAAGGAAUUUCCUUGUCAUAAAUGUGUUCUUUGUGCUAGACUUGAAUAUUUUCAUAGUAUGCUGAGUAGCUCAUGGAUUGAGGCUUCCAGUUGUGCAGCUCUGGAAAUGCCAAUACAUUCUGAUAUACUGAAAGUUAUUUUGGACUACCUCUAUACUGAUGAAGCUAUUGUGAUAAAAGAAUCUCAAAAUGUGGAUUUUGUUUGUAGUGUUCUUGUGGUGGCUGAUCAGCUUCUCAUAUCUCGAUUGAAAGAAAUUUGUGAAGUAGCAUUAACUGAAAAACUUACCCUUAAGAAUGCUGCUAUGCUACUGGAAUUUGCAGCAAUGUAUAAUGCUGAACAGUUGAAACUCUCUUGUUUACAGUUUAUUGGACUGAAUAUGGCAGCUUUACUUGAAGCAAGAUCUCUUGAUGUUUUAAGUGAUGGUGUUUUGAAGGACCUUUCUGUGUUUUACCGGAAAAUGAUUCCAGCAAUGGAGAGAAGAGUCAUUACACCAUAUCAAGAUGGACCAGAUAUUAGCUAUUUGGAUGUAGAAGAUGGAGAUAUCUUUUUGAAAGAAGAAGUAAAUAUGGAACAGAAUUACUCGGAAAGUAUGGUCAAGAAGACAAAAACAAAAGCGAAAAAGAAGCCACGUAAACGGUCAGAUAGUUCUGGAGGUUAUAAUCUUUCAGAUAUUAUUCAGAGUCCGCCAUCUACAGAAUUGUUAAAGUCUGGUAAGACCAAUUCUGUGGAGUCUCUUCCAGAACUGUUGACAUCAGACUCUGAAGGAAGCUAUGCAGGAGUGAGUAGUCCUAGAGAUUUACAGUCUCCUGACUUCACAACAGGAUUUCAUUCAGAUAAGUCUGAGGGGAAAAUUAAAUCGUAUGUUAAUGGUACACCUCCUGCAUAUUUUCGGGAAGAUUUAAAACCAUGGGAAAAAUCACCAUUACUUAAAAUAACUGCUCCACAGCCCAUUCCCAGUAACAGAAUUGAUACUACAAGUUCUUCCAAUUGGGUGUCUGGCUCUUUCAGUCCUGUCAGCCCUCCUGUCAUGGAUCUCAGAACCAUCAUGCAAAUUGAAGAAAGCAGACAAAAAUGUGGAACUACACCAAAGACAAAUUUGGGAAAAAUGAUUUCUCAUGGAGUUAAACUUUCUCAGAAGCAACGAAAAAUGAUUGCAUUGACUACCAAAGAUAAUAAUUCAGGAAUGAAUAACGUGGAAACAGCUUUAAGUGCACCUUCAAAAAUCCCCAAGCCAGCAAAUGCAUGGGCAUCUUCUCAACAUUCAGUUUCAUCCAAGUCAUUCCGGGAUUUCUUAGUAGAAGAAAAGAAAUCUGUUACUGGCCAGAGAUCAGGAGAUCAUGUCAAAAAAGUUUGUUUUAAAGGGAUUGAAAAUUCCCAGUCUCCAAAAGUUGUAAGGUAAUAUAAACUUCCCUGACCCGAGCGAAGAGGGGUCUGGAGCCAUACUACUUCACUGUCACCUCACCUGUCCUGUGAGCAGCUCCUGAGGAAUGUCAGUCUUCUAACAACGCUGGAAAGUGCAGGUUUAGAUGAACUGUUGAAACAUAGUUUUGUUGUUUUUGUAACUGGCUUUCUUGUUACAGAUAUGUAUAUUUAUGACUGUAGUUUUAGAGCCUUUUACUUAUAGUACAGAAAAUCAGAUUAGAAAGGAUCUAAAGAAGUCGUGAUCUGUCUCUAACUUUUCAAAUACUUUUGGCAGUGUAAUGUUAUUUUAAAACAAAAAUCUUAAAUCGAACUCUAAUGUGUAAAACAGAUACACCUGUUUAUAUAAUGUUUACCUAUGAUUAAGGGAGAAUAUUAAAGCUAUUGUGAUAGGCUCAUAAAUACAAAUUGGGUGCAAUGUAAGAUAUCUUAAUAUAACAAAUAUUAGCUGAUGUGUAUCAGACAUUAUAGCGGAUAGUACAGUUACAAUGGUGAACAAAAUUAACAUAGUCCCUGCUCAUACAGAAGAGACCAACCUUUACGCAAAAGUGACAACACAUUAUGAAGAGGAAGUUUAUCAGCCUUGAUAUUCAAUUUAUGUCUCAUAUUUUAAUUGUAUAGUAUUUAUUUUCUCUGUUGUCUGGUUCCUAAAUCAUGUCUGACUCUUGCGACCCCAUGGCCUGUAUGUAGUCUGCCAGGGAAGAAUACUGGAGUGGAUUGCCACGCUGUCCUCCAGAGGGUCUUCCCGACCCACGGAUUGAAUCCACGUCUCCUGCAUCGGCAGGCGGAUUCUUUACCACUGAACCACCAGGGGAGCCCAUUUAUUUCAAUUAGGAUCUUCUAAUAAGUCAUUAUGGGCUUCCCUGGUGGCUCAGCAGGUAAAGAAUCUGCCUGCUAAUGCAGGAGACAUAAGAGACACGGGUUCGAUUUAUACCUGUACUUGUAUCUUAACCCAGUUCCACUAAUGAAGGCUUAAAUUAUUAACUGUCUUUCUUUUUCUUAUGGAUCAAUGUUUUCCUUUAAAGUAGAUUCUUCCCAUUUGGUUUUGAAUAUGCACAGGUGUCUCACAUGUGGAGUGGCAGGGGGUGGGGGGUGGCGAGGGAAGUCAAUCCCUCACUCAGCCUCCUCACUUUCUUCUAGAAUUGUCCUAUUGUUCCCAAUUCCCUGCUUCCUUCACAGCCAGAUUUCUCAAAAGAGCUGUCAUCGCCCACUUCUUUUUAUUCUGGCUUCCAGUCCCACAACUAAAUUGAAACAGUUCAGGAUAAAUUCGGAAGUAGCCUCCAUAUUGCCAACACCAUGGGCUUUUUAUAUGACUCAUCAUACUUGAAGUUCACUUAUAGGUUAUCUUUUCAUUUCACUUAAGUUCUGUGUUUUCAUGAGUUUCACUGUUCAAUUAUCAGCUAUACAUGAAAGACUCAAAUUGCCUGUCCACAUCUGGCAUCUGAGCUUCAGACUUAGGUCUCCAUCUGCCUUGUUUGAUAUUGCCAUCCUAUUUGAAUGUUCAGAAAUACCUUAAACUUUUAUGUCCCAAACCAAAUUGAACAUUUUCCUCAUAGCCUUCUCGUAAAAGCAAAAAUACAGCCAAAACACAAACCCAGCCUAUUCUUGAUUUCCUCAGUAAAUGUCAUUCGCAAGUUUUACAUGACCAUCGUCCUCAGCAGUAUCCAGCCUGUCAGAACAUGCCAGUUAUAUCUCUCUAGUAUUAUAUCCAUUUGUGUAUUAAACUAUCUCCACUGCCACCACCCUUAUUUAGACUACUUUAAUCUUUUACCUGGGCCGUCUGAGUAAGCCUGCUAACAAGUCUUGCCAUAGCCUUUUAUCCUUCUCUAUAGCAUAUUUGGCUAGUGUUUGUGUAUUUUUAAAUGCAAAUCUUACCUUGCAGGAUAAAAGCUAGAAUUCUUAUAUGGCCUUCAAGGCUUGAUACAGUCUAGCUCCUGUCAACCUCUUUAGCUUUUAACAUGAUCUCUGUAUUAUAGCCUUGACCUUGUAGUUUCUCAAAUGCCAGUUGCUUCUUCCCACUUAACUGCCUUUUGACUUGUUGACUUGCUUCUUGAAUUCUUGGAAGAAGCCUGACUUCUUUUACUGGGUCAGUUUCCUGUUAUAUGCCUUCAUGGCUCUUGUCACUUAUCACAUUUACCACAGUUUGAGUAGUACCCCCUUGUCUGUGGUUUUCUUCACAUGGAUUUGGUUACCUGCUGUGAGCUGUAGUGUGAAAAUAUUAAAUGGAAAAUUUCAGAAAUAAACAAUGUUUUCAGUUUUAAAUUCUGCACUGUUCUGAGUAGUGUGACGAAAUCUCUCCCCAUCCUGACCGUUUUAGCUGAUCCAUUUUACCUGGACAUGAAUCUUCCCUUUGUCCAGUAUACCCUGCCCGUCAGUCAUUCAAUAGCCAUUUCAGUUAUCAGAUCAGUUGUUGGGGUUUCAGGAUGCUUAUGUUCAAGGAAUCUUUAUUUUACUUAAUAACAGCCCCAAAGCACAGGAGUAGUGAUGUUGACAAUUCAAAUAUGCCAAAGAGAAGCCAUUUAAAUGAAAGCUUCAAGUGGGGGGAAAAAAAAGUGGAAAGUUCUCAACCUAAUAAGGAGAGGGGGAAAAAAUAAUUGUAUCUUUAGGGUGCUAAGAUUAUGUUAUAAGUGAAUCUUCUACCCAUGAAAUUAUAAAGAAGCAAAAACUCAUGCUAGUUUUGCUGUCAUACUUUAGAACAUAGAAGUAAAAGGCAUUAUGUUUCUGUAAGAUACUUUGAAAGAGCCAUAGACCACGUUCACAUAACUUCUAUUACACUAUAUUGUUAUAUAAUUGUUCUCUUAUGGUUGUAAGUUUCUUACUGUGCCUAAUUCAGAAAUUAAACUUUACCAUAGGUAUGUAUGUAUAGGGAAAAAACAUAGUGUGCACAGGCUCAGUACCAUCCGCAGUUUCAGGCAUCCACUCUAGGGGACUAGGAAUGUAUUCCUGUGGAUAACAUGAGAACUGUUGUAAACUUACUGUUGGGGUGAUUCUUUAUUUACUGUUUUUGAAUUGUUGUUUAGUCGCUAAGUCGUGUCUGACUGUUUUGUGACCCCAUGGAUUGUAGCCCACCAGGCUCCUGUGUCCAUGGGAUUUCCCAGGCAAGAAUAUUGGAGUGGGUUGCCAUUUCCUCCUCCAGGGACUCUUCCUGACCCAGGGAUCAAACUGUCUGUCUCCUGUAUUGGCAGGCGGAUUCUUUACCACUGAGCCACCAGGGAAGCCCAGUGUUUUCAAAUACUAGUCUUUUAAUGUCUGUGUUCAGCUGUAUGUUCAGUGAGAGCAAGGAAGAUUGACCUUUGCUUAUCACUGAUUAGAAUGUUUCCUAGUGUGUAGUAGGUGUUCAGUGAGCAUCUGGUGAAUGAGGGCAAGAAUAAAUGAAACAAAAUUGCUCUUAUUUCAAGUAGUAUUUGUUUUUAAUGUAAUGAGCUGUAUUGUUUGCCUUGGAUGUAUAAAUGUCAAGGUGUGAAUGUUAAGAUUGUUUUGUAACAUUUUUACAUUUUAAGUAUUGAAUGUAUUUUUAAAAUUUUCUAAUUUUCUCUAUCUUUUAAAAUAUUAAGGAUGUGUGGUUUCAUAGUUGAUCGCUAGGGUGUGCUAUAACACCAGGCUAUAAUUGUGAAAAGUGGUAUGUGAUGUUAUAGUGCUUUAGACAUUUUAGUUAGAGGAGUGUAUGAUAUAGUAUCUUGCUAUCCAUAGCUUGGGUGUUUGGCAAGUGGAAGUUAAUGUUUUAAAUAGUUUUUUGUCUUCUGGUCACUGAGAAAGAAAAGAGCUUUGAUUUCAUUUUUAAUUUCAUCAUAGAAAAUAUGUUACUAUAAGAGAGCGGUAUUUAAGGAAAUGAUAAAAUAUAAUAAAGUAGAAUAUUUAUUAAUUCACCAGAUUAUGGGACACUUGAUAUACAUAUUCUGCUGGCAUCUCUGGGUGUAUAUAUAAAAGUAUAAUACACAGACCCAGCCUGAAAUAUGUUUGAAAUCUGGUUGGUGAAUCUAAAUACACAUACAUGGAAGUUAACUGACAGAACAAAAAUACAGUGUAAUAUAACAGUGUUAAAGAAGUCACACAGCAAUAUAUGACUAUGUGCUGUAUGAGUGGUUCAGAGAAGGGAAAAUGACCAUGGGCUAGAGCUGUCCAGAAAAACUUUAUUGAAGAGGAAAAGUUUGAGCAUUAGUUCAUAAACACUUUUCCUAUUCAAUCUCAAAUAUUUUGAUCAUUAUAUUUAUGGCUAUAUAUUUAAAUGAUUAUUUAUAUUAAUGUAACAUGAUCAAAUGGCCAUAUAUUUAUGGGAUUUUUAAGAGAGAAGAAAGGGCAGUGUAAACAGAGGAAAUAGUGGGAAUUAGAGCAAGAAGACAGGAAUACUUUAGGGACUCAGUGGCAGGGAUGGAGGGCUCAUCUCAGGACAUUCCACAAAAAAUACAUUCUUGUCUUCAUUCUUGUCUUAAUUGUAGAAAAUGUGAUCAUUCCCCAGCCCCAGGCUAGGGAGCUAAUAAAAGAAUGGCAAAGUUACUUACUGACGUGAAAAGAGAGGUUUAUGCACUUUUUGUUUGUUUAUUGUUACUUCUGUGUUCUUUUUCAUUUUAAUGUGUUUUCCUUCAUUUUCCUUUCACUUAAAUACCCCCUUACGUGCUUCUAGGCAGAAAAUGUGAUCUUGCAUUUCUAAUUAGUAAGGAAAACUACAUGUGAGAUAAAAUUAUAUCAGCUCUAAUUUUAUAUAAAAUCUUUGUAAUUGCGAUAAUACAAAAUUAUUUUUAAUAAUUGUCAACCAUGUGAGCAAAAAGUAAGUUUUUCUCUUGAAGUCUAAAUUUGGCAAGAUUAAUGUUCUUCACUUUGAACAAAAAUCUUUGAAAGAUUUUAGCCAGCCCUUUUAUGUUGCUUUUAUUUCCAGAAGGCUAAAUUUUAUAAGAUUAUCUGUUGGGAUGUCUGUUUCUAUGCUGCAAAUACCUGAGGCUUAAUGCUGUUAUUUAUUAUUGGAAAGCUUAUACUCGUUUUGUAUUUGUUUAGUCAUAGCUCUAUUUAGCAGUUUUACUUCAUUCUAAGAUGAAAUUUUGAUAAAGAUGUUUGAGUAAAUUUAUAAUUAAUGACGUUAUCCAUUGGAAAAUCAUUAAUGAAAACAAUUCUAACAUCUUACAAAACAGAUAUGAGUUGGGUAUAAUUCUUACAGCAGUCCACUGUGAACCUUUCUGAAAUGAGAACAGUAAUGCCUAUCAUAUGGGUUUGUUACAAGGAUUAUAUCAGGUAAUUCAUGAUAGUACUUUAUAAAUUAUAUAAUGUUAAGUAAGUUCUGAUUGCUUGGCUUUAACAAGACCUAUACAAGAUACUUUAGUCCUUAUAUUCAGUUCUGUUUGCAGAGAGAAAAGGUGAUAUUUGAACCAAUCCUUGAAGAAUUAGAAGAUCCUUGUAAUGGACUGUGCUACAGUGUAUGGAAAAUACUCUGUAUUUUGAGUGAAAAAAGCCUGGAUUUGAGUUCUGUCUUUACCAUUUACCCAGCUUGCUAAUCAGGCAAAUUAUUGAAUAUUCUUUGAGUAUUUUUAAUAGUUUCCUAAUCAAUAUAAUAGGAACAAUAGGUGCGUUCUUCAGAGUAUUAGAAAGAUUAAAUGAGAUAAUGUAUAUGAAAAUAGACUCAGUAAAUUUGUUUGCCCACACACACAUCAGGUUUAAACAUUUUAAUUCUUAGUGCAUCUGUACUCUGACCCUUCUGUUUCAUUUUAACUUUAUUUCCCUCUUAAUCUCUUAACCCAGUCAUUCAGUUCAUUGAAGAGAACAACCUACCUUUACUUAAGCCAACAGUCUUGAAGUGUUCCCGGUAUUUGUAUGACCAAGCCCCUUCUCGGUGCCACUCUCCUCAGCUUUAAUGUCAUUUCCUCAGUGAAGCCAGUAGUGUAUAUACCCUUUUCCAUAUUAUGUAAUUUCUCCUGUGAAUCCAUAGUACGUGGUACAUAUUGAUGUAAAUACCAAUUAUCUACU